CGGAAAUAGUAAAUGGUAAAAUAUGGGCAGAACCAAACGUUCUUUUUAGGAUUUUUCUAAUCAAACGCCCCAUGGACCCACAAUUUCAGGGUGGAAAAAGCUGGGCCGAAACGUAAUAAAAGCCCAGCAACGUCCCUUCGCCGACGUUCUCACCAAAACCCUAAACCUCUCAGGAUUAGGAUGAUUCUACCUAUAUAAUAAAUAUAAGCCUAUUCUAAAUCUUCCAUAGUCUCACAUCUUGCUGCGAAGCAACGCAAAACAAACCCUAGAGCUAAGAUUUACUGUUGAAAAUUCUUGGGUGCAAUGGCCGCCGGUGAACUUGCUUGUACUUACGCUGCAUUGAUCCUCCAUGACGAUGGAAUCUCAAUCACCGCUGAGAAGAUUGCCGCACUUGUGAAGUCAGCGAAUGUGCGCGUUGAAUCUUACUGGCCAAGUCUUUUCGCCAAGCUCCUUGAGAAGAGGAACAUCGAUGAUCUCAUUAUGAACAUUGGUUCCGGUGGUGGUGCUGCCCCUAUUGGCGUUACUGCCUCCCCUGGCGCAGAUGCUGGUGGCGCUGCAGCCGUCGCUGCCCCUGCUCUUGAGGAGGAAAAAGUGGAAGAAAAGGAAGAGAGUGAUGAUGACAUGGGAUUCAGCUUGUUUGAUUAGGCACAAAUUUCUAGUUUGGAUUUUCUUUUCUUGUUUAAUUUUCUUUUUGCUGACAAUUAGGACCCAUCUAAAACGUUAGUUGAAUUUUGUUUAUGUUCUGAGAAAUCUAAAUGUUCCUGAUUUUUUCGCAAAUUAAAGAAGUUACAUGUUGCA